AUGGAGUGUACAAGCCUUCCGGUGGAUUUGGUAGAGGACAUACUCUCUAGGAUUCCAGUGAAAUCUGUAGCACGAUUGCGAUCAACAUCGAAACAAUGGAAAGCUCUAUUGAAAUCCCGGAGCUUUGCUAAGAAACACUCUGCUAAUGCACCAAAGGAGAAGUCUCUGAUUAUCAUGUUGAUGGAUCUUAGGGUUUAUUUGGUGAGUGUUGAUCUACGUAGAAUCCACGACAACAAGGUUGAUCCAUCGUUUAAAGUAGGAGCUCAAUUCUACCUUAAAGAUCCUCUUUCUAAUUCUUCCUCACAAGUCGAUAUACGUAACAUAUUUCACUGCGACGGCUCAUUGUUAUGCACCACCAAAGACCGUAGACUUGUGCUUUGGAAUCCAUGUUCCGGGGAUACCAAGUGGAUUAAACCUAGAGACAGCUACAAGGAAUCAGACUACUAUGCUCUCGGUUACAACGACAAGAAUUCCUCCUGCAAGCAAUACAAAAUCUUGAGGGUGGAUCGUCAAGAUAUAUUACCAAUCAAAAAUGAGUACGAGAUUUAUGACUUUACCUCUAACUCGUGGAGAGAUAUUGGUGUGGCUACUGAUUGGUUUUUACCACGCUAUCGUCGUGGCAUAUCUAGAGGUUUGAAACCUUUUGAGAAUGCGUCUUUAUCAGUGGUUGGAGAAGAGCAGCUUUGUCUGUUAGGUACUGGUCUCAAAUUUUGGAUCAUGGGACAUCCUGGCCUCAGUAGUUUCCAAGUAUGGGUGGGAACUAGAACCGGAUCAGCCAUGUCAUGGAGCAAGUCACUAUUAGUGAAACGAGCCUACAAACAUUACAAGUUUUCUGAUGGGAUGAGUUUUUUGGCAGACGAGCAGAACCAAGUUGUAAUGUAUAUGAGCCCCGACAACAUCUUACACAUUGUGAGCGAAACGAAACACAUACGAGACGAUAACCACGUUGGAGAUUCUACAUGCAUAUCAUCUUGCUCAGUUCUUCUCAAUUAUGCUCCAAGUCUGGCUCAAAUCCAACAAGGUUGUCUUCCUGGAGGAAACAAAAGGAAAGCACCUAGCAUGUGA